UUAAUUUAUUAGAAACAAGAAGACGUAAUUUCCUUAACAAGAUAAGAAAGAAAAUAAAAGGACAAAAAAUUGAAUCAACACCCUCUUUUUCCAUCUACAUCUAUUUUUCAACAACCUAGCUACUUUUAUCAUUUUCAUCUAUACCAAUAUUCCAUUGCCAAAAAAAUCCCUUAUUAAACUUCAUGUCAGACCCUCAAAUUUUAGAUCAAUUUUUCCCCAAAGGACAUCAUGGAGGUAAUAAUUCAGUCGAAAUAUUAGAAACAAACGUAUUAGUACUAGAAAAUAGUACUACUUCUAGGCAUAAUAUUGAUGAUCAUCAAGAGUUGUGUCGUACUCCAACAUGUCGGAAAAACAAGAUUCCGAUAGCUGGAAGCUGCCCUCCACCAGCACCGAAGAAAUUACUGCUUCGUAAGAGGAAGUUUUCACGGUUCGAAUUUUUUGAGGUUAGUGGAAAUGAAGAGUUGGAGAAGUUCUUCGUAUCAUGCAAUGAAAUUUCUCGAGGUAUGGCUGUUAAGAAAAGACUUCUCAUGAGUUAACUACAAGCAAUUAAAUUAGUUAUAUAUGUGUAUAAGUUAAUUUCAUGUGAAUCGUAAGACAUAUUAUAGCCCUUGAUUUUUAGGGUUGAUAAGUUCCUUAUUCACGUUAUAUUCUCUGUCGAUUAUAGAAUAAAUAUAUAGAGAGAUAUAGCUAGGUGAUGAAUAAAAUGAUGUGUCGAAAUCAUGGAAUAUAUAGUCCAUAUGUAUAAAAAGUUUGCAUUAAAUGUUUCCUUUUUACUCUGAAUGCAUUGUGCAAAAAAUAUUUUUAUUCUGAAAUAAUUAUUGUGCGAACUAAGGUUCUCUUGCGAGAUAGGUAUGAAUUUUUAUGUUUUCACUAUUGGUUAAUGAUAGAGCUCGUAGUUUUGAUUGUUGAAAAUGCUCAUAAAUCAUAUGAAUCUACUAAUUAGUAAAAUGGAUCAAAUUAUUCAAGUGUGAGUAUUUCACCUAUUAUAUUACGAUAGGAAUUAAAUCUUCGAUGACAAAGUUCAAACUUAUAAACCUUAAAAUUUGAGUGGAAUGUAUUAAUCGUCAGAGCAAAAUCUCAUAAGUAAAUUGUAUCGAUUAAAACAAUAUAUUGAAAUUAAAAAGAGAGUUCAAUAGCAAUUAUUGGCCAAAAUUUUGAAUGGGCUAGAUGUGGUUGAUAUGGAGGGAAAACUUUCCCCCAAAAAAUAUUUGUAAUUUCUUUUUUUUGGUUUGAUUGAUGAAAAUUUUCUGCAAAACAUUUUUGGUAGGAGAUACGUCCUUUCAAAAUGAGAAAUAUGAUUUUCGCGUAAAAAGUAUAGAAUAUCUAUCUAAUUUUCUCUUUCCACCUUUCGAUAUAUCAUGUCCUCACUCAUAGCUUCCAUCUCCGCCACUUUCACCUUAACCCAUAGGUUUACCUAAAAUGUUAUUGGAGAAUAUCUUUUUCUUAUUAUUACUUUUCAAUUCCAGAAAAUAAAUUAAAAGAAAACGGUUUUCUUGGUGCCAAACACACACUAGGUUACGCCCUUUUUGACAAUCGAAUCAUCAACUAAUUAUUUUAAAUAAAUUUCAGAUGAUUUGUGUUGAGAAAUUAAAGGACUAUAUAUAUAUAUAUUCUUCAAACUAUUGGUUCCCUAGCUAACAACAUUUCCAUCGAAAAUCUUAACAAUGAGUAAGAUUAAUAACAUUAACUAAUCAAUUACGAUAAAUUGACAAGUUUAACACGCAUGAAUUAUAUUAUGACGCGAGCUCGUAAAUGAAAAUUGUAAAUUCUCACUGCAAGGAAAUAUUGGAAUUAGCUAUAAAUUUCAAAAUUAACCAAUCCCUUAAAUAGCUCAAAGCUAGUAGAGUUUUUUCUAUAAUCCAUUACUAAUUCAUUACCAAAUAGGAUUAGCAACGUAUAUAAUGUUUAAAAGUAAGACGGAAGCAGUAACUUAGUUGAAGUAAGCUGAACUAAUCAAUUUUAAAAGGAAUGGCGAGUAUUCACAUUUAAUUACACGAUUUGUCCUUCAAAUGAACUGGUCUUUAAUUUUUGGUUUACAAAUAGAUUUGUCUUUAAUUUUUGUCUUAGAAAUCGAACUUAUGUCUAACAAGAUAUAUGUUCUUCAAGAGCAUAAGAUAUAACUUCUGAAAUACUAGGAUGUGAAAAUAUAAACUUAUACUGGGGAAGAGUUAUUGAUUGUACUAUUGGGCCAAUAAGUGUUCUUUGGGUGUGUCCAUAUUCUCCUAUGGUAGUAUGGUCCGCUAUAAGUUCAUUAUCACCAGGUAGAAAAAAUAGACUCAACGAGGCAGAAUUUUUCUAUCUAUACGCAUUCAUUUUGGUAUCAUUAACAUACAAUUGUACACUAAAUUUAAUGAUUCUAGUUUGUAUAUAGUGUUCGAGGCUUAAACGAUUCAACCUAGGAAAUCUUUAUUUAGAUAACAAGCGACCUGUCCAAUGUCUCACCUCCUAACUACUUUUUUGUGGACCAAUUAAGGAUGUGACGAUAUAUCAUAAGCAACUUGAGUAAUUAAAGCAUAGACAAUCAUGUAAAAUCGAUCAUACGACUUGUUAGUACAAUCCUAUCGUAUUAGGUGGUAGAGUCAAUAAUUUUAUCGAGAGAAUAUAAAAGAUAAAAGAUAAACACAUCAAAAGUUAAGGAAAUUUAGUAUUUAUUUUAUAAUCAAAAAUUAAUUUAUAGUAAGGGUGGCUCAAGAGUAAAGCUAGUAAAGCCGUUGCUUUAGACCCCCAAAAUUUUGAGGCCUCAAAACUUUUAAUACUAAACUCUAUAAUUUCUACUUCACUUGAAAUAAUAAUGAAGAUCGUGAAAUAAAUUUUUAAAGAAUAUCUAAAUAAUAAUAAUAGUAAUAGUAAUAAAAAAAAAUCAUUUUUUAAAGAAAUAUUUUAGAACUUUGAACUAAACAACUUAAACUUUAUAUUAAUAAAUAAAAUUUUAAUAACAAUGUCCAAGUUAAUACAUUGCAAACAAAUAGCUAACAUCUUAUUAACAAGAAUUAAUUCCUACUUUUAUUAAUAAUUAAUAAUCAUAUUAUUAAUAUGUGAAGUUAAAGGUUAAGUGACUUUUAAAAAAUUUACAUCGAAACAACUAUUAUGUAAAAACAAAUAAGACAACUCUAAAUUAUUAGAGUAAUAUUUUUUUUAUGUAUCUUUAUACAUGUAAAACCGAUUAAAAUUUAGUUUUAGGCCAUUAAUUUUAUUGAGAUGCUUCUGAUUUAUAGUGUAAUUUUCCCACAUAUAUUCACAAAGAUGACAUGCAAGAAGCAAAUAAAAAAAGUGUAUUUUAAGACAGGACUCGAAACAUCCAAACGAGUAUAAUACAUUUUUUUAGAAAUACAAUGAAUAAAGUACUUUUUUUGCGAUAAAUAACUCAUUGGACUCACCAGUAUACCAGGAAGCAGUAGAAUUCCUUUGUAUUAUAUUGUCAAUGACCUUAUUCUUUGUAUUCUAUUGUCAAUGACCUUCAACUCCAUUAACAACAACAGUAACAUCCAAACGAGGAUAAUACAUUUUUUUAGAAAUACAAUGAAUAAAGUACUUUUUUGUGAUAAACAACUCGUUGGUAUACCAGGAAACAGUAGAAUUCCUUUGUAUUCUAUUGUCAAUCACCUUAUUCCUUUGUAUUCUAUUGUCAAUGACCUUGACCCAUCAACAACAACAGUACUUAGGAAAAGCCUGUAUUAUAAGAAAACAACUAAAAAAAAUAAACAGUGUAUUGCGAAAGAUUAAUAGUGUUCCAGCUGCGAUUGAACUAAGCUCAUGACUCAUCUGUCAUGAACUAAUUUGGAAAGGGAAGAUAUGAUUUGUAGACUGUAUUGAGGGAAUUUCUCCAUUAAUUAUAUUAACCGAUCAUACAAUUGAAAAUGUAACGAAAUGCAGAAAUCAUUCGAUGUAUAUAUUGAUACAGUACAUUUUAUAUACUUAUAAACUUAAUCGUGUCACCAUUAUGGCUCAAUACAAUGUGUGCCUGCAUAUGGUCAGCGGUGAAUUCAGUAUUCAGAGUCUUCGGAUGUUAAGUAAAUACUAAACUCGAGAAAAGAAGAAAUUUUUAGUACAAAAAACUCAUGACAAAAUUGCUCCUAGACUAGUAGAAUAUAUACAUGCUAAUCGUACCUAUGAAUAUAGAUGACUGUAGAUGCGAAUACAGAAUUUGGAGUCUCCAAUACCAAAAUAGAUUGUCAGCAAAUUUCGAACCUGGACCUGUUCGAUAAAAUUAACAGGCUUGUGUCACUCUUCAUUUUGAGCAAAUAAAAAUUGAGCAAGAAUUCUGAAGCCUCCUCCAGAAUCCUCUUUACUCUUCACUCUUCAUUUUUACCCCCCACGUAUCCUGUUAACUUCCAGUAUUUCAACACCUGUCUUCCACUUGUCACUCUCCUAGCAACUCACCACAGUGAAAAAGCUUAAAAUCCACCGCUUUAUAUACCUUAGCCGCUCCAACACACAUUAUCACCAAAACAAAAACAAAAGAAAGAGCAAAGAGAGACAGAAAAAUAAUUAUCUUCGAACAUGGCACCAAAGAGACGUGGUAGGGCUCGUGCUACGGUGGUCACCGCCCGGAAAGUGGUGGAGGAAACGGUCUCCUUCGUCGUAACUCCGGUAGCUGCCGAAACGGAGACUGGAAGUCAAACUUUGACUCAAAGUCAACAUGAAGAAAAUCAAUCCUUCGAAAUACUAACUCCACCACCCACUGAAGAACCAACACCUAAGAGAACUGUUAUUAUUGAAGAAAAAUCCACAACACAACCCGAGAAGAAAAAGGGCCAACAAAAGAAACCCAAACCCACCCGGGAGGCACAAGAGAUAUUCGACCCGACCCGGAAGGAACAAGAGAAGCAACAACCUCAGCAAGUAGAUGAAGAUGAAACUCAACCAGCUGACGAGCCGGAAGAGAUGCCAACGCCUCCGCAAAUCGAAGCGGUUCAAAAGAAGGCCCAAGCCCAGAAAAGGAAACCCGGCCCGGCCCAUAAAGCGGAAGGAGAAAAGAGGAAGAAGAAGAGGGCGAAAGUGGGAGGGGGAGUGGGACCCAGUGAAGGGUAUAGAACCUACGUGUAUAAGGUGAUGAAGCAAGUUCACCCAGACAUGGGAAUUUCAUCAAAAGCUAUGACUAUUUUGAACAAUCUUAUGGGUGAUAUGUUCGAGAGGAUCGCCAAUGAGGCGGCGAUCCUCGCGAAGUACGUUGGCCGGGCAACGUUAGCAUCGGUGGAUAUUCAAGAUGCGGUGAAGUUGGUGUUGCCAGGGGAGCUAGGGAAGCAUGCAAUUGCUGAAGGGACAAAAGCUGUUGCCAACUAUGUAUCAAGUGUUGGAAAGUCCAAGUCCAAGGCCUAAUUGUUUGUUAGCUUUGUUUAACCUAUCGUUUUCUAGGUUCUUAAUGUGGGAACUAACUCGGUGCAUGCAAAUUCAUGCUCGUUUUUGUGAUCUUUUCAUAUUUGCAUGCAUGUGAAGUCGCUGUGUACAUAUGCUGGCGAUGCGGAUAGGAUGUAUUAGAUGUUUUUGGUACUACUAUUAUCUCAUGUGUUGUGUAUAUACUCUCUUUAUUAUAA